CUGUUCGUUUUGCACAUACACACAUUCCUCUGACGUUGAGCUCAGUUUACACACACAGCUGACCAGAAAAGGCUCUGUUACAGAGAGGGAGACGAGAAACCCUUCUGUUAAAAGAAAACAAAAAACAACUUGCACUGUACUCGAGUGAGAAGCCAAGGCCAGUAAAAAAUGCCGCUCUUUGGGAAAUCUCACAAAAGCCCUGCGGAUAUUGUAAAGACUUUAAAAGAAAAUAUGGCCAUUUUGGUGAAGCAUGAUAAGAAGGCAGAAAAGGCUUCUGAGGAAGUGUCCAAAUGUCUGGUGGCCAUGAAGGAGAUACUCUACGGCACCAAUGAGAAGGACCCGCAGACUGAAACAGUCGCUCAGUUAGCUCAGGAGUUAUAUAACAGUGGGUUGCUGCUCAGUCUGGUUAACGAUUUACAGGUGAUAGAUUUUGAGGGUAAGAAGGAUGUGUGCCAGAUCUUCAACAACAUCCUAAGAAGACAAAUCGGCACUCGCAUCCCAACUGUUGAAUAUAUAAGUUCCCACCAACAGAUCCUGUUCAUCCUUUUAAAGGGGUAUGAAACACCGCAGGUUGCAUUAAAUUGCGGGAUCAUGUUGAGAGAGUGCAUUCGACAUGAGCCGCUUGCCAAGAUAAUUCUUCACUCAGAACAUUUUAAUGACUUCUUUAACUACGUGGAAAUGUCAACAUUUGACAUCGCCUCAGAUGCCUUUGCUACAUUUAAGGACUUGCUCACGAGACACAAGGUUCUGGUUGCAGAAUACCUAGAACAGAAUUAUGAUGCAGUAUUUAGUGACUAUGAAAAGCUGCUGCACUCAGAAAACUAUGUGACAAAGAGACAGUCAUUAAAGCUUUUAGGGGAGCUUCUGUUGGACAGGCAUAACUUCACCAUCAUGACAAAGUACAUCAGCAAGCCUGAGAAUCUCAAGCUCAUGAUGAACCUUCUGAGAGACAAAAGCCCAAACAUUCAGUUUGAAGCUUUCCAUGUGUUUAAGGUUUUUGUGGCCAACCCCAACAAAACCCAGCCCAUCGUGGACAUCCUCUUAAAGAACCAGACCAAACUGAUAGAGUUCCUCAGCAACUUCCAGAAGGACAGGACAGACGACGAACAGUUCAACGACGAGAAGACCUACCUGAUCAAACAGAUCCGCGACCUGAAGAAACCAGCCUCCUAAUUAGGGAAUUUUAUAGCCAACACCUUUUUAAAAACAAACCACCUAAUUCUUUUUCUUAGUCCAGGAAACAUUCAACAAAAGAGUAGUUCUCAAACACAGAGCAGCAGCUGUGUCUGUUUUUUUGCUUUAGGAAACCUUCAUCGAUUUCCACUAGUGGCACUGUAGGAGCUGUAUUUUUAUUCAGAGGGCACCAAACAUUAUAGUCAUUAACUAGCUGGAGGUGAGACUGACAGAAUAAUAGAGCAGAGUACUCAAAUAAAUACCCAAAUGUUUAAGUGAUUAACUGCAAUAGCACGUACAUUUAAAGUCAGUACCUUAUCCUAGACCAAACAUCCACAGUAGUGGUCUGAUGUUGCCAGUCAAUAUUGCUCCUGUCUUUGAGAAUCUGUGUGUCACAACACUCCAAGUAACAAGACUUGUGAUACAGUACAGUACUUUGAUGGUCAUGCCAGAUAAACACGGUCUGGGAAACGUGGAAGAUUUUGCCUGCAGAUUGUCAGAUAUUUGAUCCUUUUUCUUUAGGGACAGACUGGUUUAUUUGCUAAACAAGUUUUAAAAUGUAACAAAUCAUUCUUGUUAUGACAAACAAUUUAGCCUGAAAACAAUAUGAAGAAAAGAAAAACAACAACUUUUAUUACUUGACUUUUCAAAACUCCAAAUACUUUGGUCCAUUUUACCUUAAAACAACAAGGUUUUGUAAACACAGGCCUUGCACUGUUUUAAAUAAUAAUUUACUCCAAUUAGAUGGGAUUCAUAGACAUUAUCGAUUUAAGUAUUUUAGUUGAUUUGUUGGUUGAAGAGUUUAAAGCAAGUAACCAAUGUAUAUCUUUUUAAAACUUGGCUGAGUGAUUACUUUAAUCCUUUUUUAGUAUUGUAUUUACUGUUUUUGCCUUUAUUGUAUAAAAGCUAAUCCCUACACUUUCUGGUGUAGUCGUAGUGGGAAUAGGAUCGCAGUACAGAAAUUGCAUUUUCAGCAGUAGUCUUUACUGCAGGUGGAGAGCAACAAAAGAAAUGUAUUUAUGUGAUUGGUAUUCAUGUGUGUGAUAUGUAAUAUGGUGAUUUUUUUUUUUUUAUAUAUAUAUAUAUAUAUAUAUAUUAUUUGUACUUUACCCACUCGGUUCUUGAAUCUGGGCUGGAAACAAGCGUCUCUUAAAACACUUAGCUUGGGACCACAAGAGCUCUACUGGGGUCUUUGCUUUCUUUGCAUAUUGGUAGAAACAUGUAUCUGGAGGGGCUAGAUCACUCCAUAUACAAACAGGCUGCAGCUCGAUUUCAUUUUUGUCAGAUUACCCUCUCUUCCCCCACCCCACGCCUCGUAGGGCAGAAGUUGGCAAGGGCCAGCAUUUUUAGAUCUGUAGGUUGAAUUUAGUUUACAGCAUGCAGUCAAAAUGUACAAUCACACUGAAAAGAUGGGUCAGGUCUUUGCAGGUUUCAAAAGUAAGUGCUCAGAAAUACCGUGUCGUGAGCUUUAAGCCACAGCUGUUCACUGGGCUGGUGCAUAGGCAUGCAAAAAGCUGGGUCUUGCUGCAUAAAGUCUUCAUUAUGCCUUUGUUACCUACUGAGUACCCGUAUUGACUGAGUUAAGGUCAGGUUGUGAGACCAAAUUGUACACAGGCCUACAAACAAGUUUCCAUAAAAUAUGCUUAGUUUGAUAAUCAGGUCGAGUCCCAAACUGACAAACUCACAUAACUUUUAACGGAAUGAAAUUCAGAUCUAAUUCUCCAGUAUUAAAUAUAGACUGCAUGUAACUUUGUUUUAUUCACAUAUUUUUAUGUUCUAACAAUUUGAGGGGAAAAAAUAAUUGUAUUCCUAAUUUUAUGUUGUGAAAUGUGUAUUUUAUUGUUGAAGAAAGACACACCAGACAGUUGUGUUUUUUCACCCAGUGCUAGUGUAUCACAUCACAAAUAAUUAAAAAAAAAUAAAAAAUUGUCAACCUUUCCACUUUA